GGCCCUUUAACUCCCAAGCCCCACCCCUGGGCCAGGCCUGCCUUGGCCUGCCGGGAAGUGAGCCCCAGGGCUGGGUGAGAGUUCCCCAUCUCUGGCGUGUGUUGCAGCUAGCUGCACUUCUAGAUUCAUCUUCUGGUGAGCUUUGGGCUUAGGAGUCACCAUGGCAACUGAAGAGUUCAUCAUCCGCAUUCCCCCAUACCACUACAUCCACGUGCUGGACCAGAACAGCAACGUGUCCCGUGUGGAGGUUGGGCCAAAGACCUACAUCCGGCAGGACAACGAGAGGGUACUGUUUGCCCCCAUGCGCAUGGUGACCGUCCCCCCACGCCACUACUGCACAGUGGCCAACCCUGUGUCGCGGGAUGCCCAGGACUCGGUGCUGUUUGAUGUCACAGGGCAAGUUCGGCUUCGCCACGCUGACCUCGAGAUCAGGCUGGCCCAGGACCCUUUCCCCCUGUACCCAGGGGAGGUGCUGGAAAAGGACAUCACACCCCUGCAGGUGGUUCUGCCCAACACUGCCCUCCAUCUGAAGGCACUGCUCGAUUUUGAGGAUAAAGAUGGAGACAAAGUGGUGGCCGGAGACGAGUGGCUCUUCGAGGGACCUGGCACGUACAUCCCCCGGAAGGAAGUGGAGGUCAUGGAGAUCAUUCAGGCCACCAUCAUCAGGCAGAACCAGGCUCUGCGGCUGAGGGCCCGCAAAGAGUGCUGGGACCGGGACGGCAAGGAAAGGGUGACAGGGGAAGAAUGGCUGGUCACCACAGUGGGGGCGUACCUCCCAGGGGUGUUUGAGGAAGUCCUGGAUUUGGUGGAUGCCGUGAUCCUUACGGAAAAGACAGCCCUGCACCUCCGGGCUCGGCGGAACUUCCAGGACUUCAGGGGGGUGUCCCGCCGCACUGGGGAGGAGUGGCUGGUGACCGUGCAGGACACGGAGGCCCACGUGCCAGAUGUCCACGAGGAGGUGCUGGGGGUUGUGCCCAUCACCACCCUGGGCCCCUGCAACUACUGUGUGAUUCUUGACCCCGUCGGACAGGAUGGCAAGAAUCAGCUGGGGCAGAAGCGCGUGGUCAAGGGAGAGAAGUCUUUUUUCCUCCAGCCAGGAGAGCAGCUGGAACAAGGCAUCCAGGAUGUGUACGUGCUGUCGGAGCAGGAGGGGCUGCUGCUGAGGGCCCUGCAGCCCCUGGAAGAGGGGGAGGAUGUGGAGAAGGUCUCACGCCAGGCUGGGGACCGCUGGCUCAUCCGCGGACCCCUGGAGUACGUGCCGUCUGCCAAGGUGGAGGUGGUGGAGGAGCGCCAGGCCAUCCCUCUAGAUGAGAACGAGGGCAUCUAUGUGCAGGAUGUCAAGACCGGAAAGGUGCGCGCCGUGAUCGGAAGCACCUACAUGCUGACGGAGGACGAAGUCCUGUGGGAGAAGGAGCUGCCUCCCGGGGUGGAGGAGCUGCUCAACAAGGGGCAGGACCCUCUGGCGGACAGGGGUGACAAGGGCACAGCUAAGAGCCUCCAGCCCUCUGCACCCCGGAACAAGACCCGCGUGGUCAGCUACCGCGUACCCCACAACGCUGCCGUGCAGGUGUAUGACUACCGAGCGAAGCGAGCCCGUGUGGUCUUUGGGCCUGAGCUGGUGUCGCUGGGUCCUGAGGAGCAGUUCACAGUGCUGUCCCUCUCGGCCGGGCGGCCCAAGCGUCCCCACGCCCGCCGUGCGCUCUGCCUGCUGCUGGGGCCUGACUUCUUCACAGACGUCAUCACCAUUGAAACAGCGGAUCAUGCCAGGCUGCAAUUGCAGCUGGCCUACAACUGGCACUUUGAGGUGAAUGACCAGAAGGACCCCCAAGAGACAGCCAAGCUCUUUUCAGUGCCAGACUUUGUAGGUGAUGCCUGCAAGGCCAUCGCAUCCCGGGUGCGGGGGGCUGUGGCGUCUGUCACUUUCGAUGACUUCCAUAAGAACUCAGCCCGCAUCAUUCGCACUGCCGUCUUUGGCUUUGAGACCUCAGAAGCCAAGGGCCCCGAUGGCACAGCCCUGCCUAGGCCCCGGGAUCGGGCUGUCUUCCCCCAAAAUGGGCUGGUGGUCAGCAGCGUGGAUGUGCAGUCAGUGGAGCCCGUGGAUCAGAGAACCCGGGACGCCCUGCAACGCAGCGUCCAGCUGGCCAUUGAGAUUACCACCAACUCCCAGGAAGCGGCAGCCAAGCACGAGGCUCAGAGACUGGAGCAGGAAGCCCGCGGCCGGCUUGAGCGGCAGAAGAUCCUGGACCAGUCAGAAGCUGAGAAAGCGCGCAAGGAACUCUUGGAGCUGGAGGCUCUGAGCAUGGCUGUGGAGAGCACCGGGAAUGCCAAGGCGGAGGCCGAGUCCCGUGCAGAGGCAGCCCGGAUUGAGGGAGAAGGGUCCGUGCUGCAGGCCAAGCUGAAAGCAGAGGCCUUGGCCAUCGAGACGGAGGCUGAGCUCCAGCGGGUGCGGAAGGUCCGAGAGCUGGAACUGGUUUAUGCCCGGGCCCAGCUGGAGCUGGAGGUGAGCAAGGCUCAGCAGUUGGCUGAGGUGGAGGUGAAGAAGUUCAAGCAGAUGACAGAGGCCCUGGGCCCCAGCACCAUCAGGGACCUUGCUGUGGCUGGGCCUGAGAUGCAGGUCAAACUGCUCCAGUCCCUGGGCCUGAAAUCAACCCUCAUCACUGACGGUUCCACUCCCAUCAACCUCUUCAACACGGCGUUUGGGCUGCUGGGGAUGGGGCCUGAGGGUCAGCCCCUGGGCAGAAGGGUGGUCAGUGGGCCCAGCCCCGGGGAGGGGAUAUCCCUUCAGUCUGCUCAGAUCCCCAAAGCUCCUGCGGACAACCACGUGGUGCCUGUACUGCACCCUUGACCAAUAAAAUGGACGUUUUUGGGCAUUUAAAAUUUAAA